AUGGCGGGCCGGGCCGGCGGGGCCUGCGAGGGCGGCGGCGGGGCCUGCGGAGGCUGCGGGCUCGCGCCCCCUCGCCUUGGGCGGCCGCGGAGGAGGCCCCGGGAGGAGGCCCCGGAGGACCGCGCGGGGCCUGCUCGGGCCGGGAAGCCGCGGAGUCGCGUGAGCACCGCCCGCCGGGCCCCAUGCCCCUCUUUCGGUCAGGCCUCCUGGGCCCGUGCGCAGUCGGGGCCGGCGGGGAACGCGGCCCCGGGCGUGUGGCGGGCGGAGAGGAAGCGUUUGUCGCGCGGCAUGUCGUGUGCUAGCCCGGGAGCGGCGGGCAGGGCUGGCCCCGAGGCCCGGGGCGGAGAUUCGUCGGUCCCCCGGGGCUGUGAGCGACCCCGGCAGCGGCGGCGCCGCCUCAACAGGUCCUCGCGGACCUCCGGGACAGUCCUGCGGGGUCCGCCGCCCUCCGCCCACCCAGAGCUCCGGGGAGAAGCUGCUGAGGACGCGGCUGGGACGAGGGGGGGCGCCGGGACCCGGACUUUCACUUGCAGUCUCCCCUCGCGCUUUUCUCCCGAGCCGGGAGGAGGAGGAGCUGGCGAUGUGUGCGCCGUGCCUGAUGUCUUUUGCAGAGUGACCGCCGUACCUGUUUUAUUCGUGUGUACCAGGGCGCGUUGUGCUGUGCGGUGUCCUAUGCGAUAGACUUUCCGAAUAAAGGAGAACUGGUGUUUUCUCUUCAUUUGAUCUUCAUUAAAACCUCACCAACAUUUCUACUAGGAAUUCAGCAUA